GUAAGCAAGUUCUUCACGUUCACGCUUUGGCGCUUGCAAAGAUUUAAUGAAAGGAUUUGGUUCCAAAGAAAAGGUCUUUCGUUGAGAUUGAGAUCUCUUUGCAAUGGGUUCUGUGAAAGAUUUACUGGGUCACCUCGACAAAGACUCAUUUGUCUCCCUCCUCUCUAAGCUCAUCGGAGAAUCCAAAUACGUUCAGAACAACCCACCAGAGUUGAUUCCUGAAGAGGACAGAGUAGCUAAGCACGUUUUGGAUGUUCUCCUUCCUUACAGCACCACUACUGGUGGAGGACCCUUGAUUGUGAACCAUGUCACCUAUGUUCAGGGCAGAGGAAACAUUAUUAUUGAAUACCCAGGAACCGUUCCCGGCAAGAUCUUGUCCUUCGUCGGUUGUCACAUGGACGUCGUCACUGCUAACCCUGAUGAAUGGGAUUUUGAUCCAUUCUCUUUGACUAUUGAUGGGGAUAAACUUCAAGGCCGUGGAACAACUGAUUGUUUGGGUCAUGUUGCUAUGGUGACCGAACUAAUGCAGAGAUUGGGGGAAAAAAAGCCAAAGUUGAAGUCGAGUGUAGUUGCAGUCUUUAUAGCGAGCGAAGAGAAUUCAUCAAUUCCAGGGAUUGGUGUGGAUGAGCUUGUGAAACAUGGGUUGCUUAAUAACCUCAAAGAAGGCCCUCUGUAUUGGGUUGACACUGCAGACAAACAACCUUGCAUUGGCACUGCUGGUAUGCUAGCUUGGAAACUUAGAACAACCGGCAAGCUUUUCCAUAGUGGUCUACCUAACAAGGCUAUUAAUCCUUUGGAAUUAUCCAUGGAAGCACUUAAACAGAUUCAGCUGCGAUUCUACAAUGAUUUCCCUCCCCAUCCUAAGGAACAGGUCUACAAGUUCGCAACACCAUCAACCAUGAAACCAACUCAGUGGAUCUAUCCAGCUGGUGGAGUCAAUCAGAUCCCCUAUGAGUGUACAAUCUCAGGAGAUGUCAGGUUAACUCCUUUCUACGAUAUAAAGAACGUAAAAACAAAGUUGCAGGAAUAUGUAGACGAUAUUAAUGCCAACAUAGAGAAGCUAGACACACGAGGUCCAGUUUCAAAAUAUGUCCUUCCAGAGGAAAAUAUCAGGGGAAGACUUACAAUCAGUUUUGACGAAGAUAUAAUGUCUGGAGUUGCUUGUGAUCUUGAUUCUCGUGGCUUCCAUGUGUUGUGUAAAGCAACUGAAGAAGUGAUUGGUUAUGUAAAACCUUACUCAAUCACUGGGAGUUUGCCAUUGAUCAAAGAAUUGCAGGAUGAAGGCUUUGAUGUUCAAACUAUUGGAUAUGGCUUGACAUCUACAUACCAUGCAAACAAUGAAUACUGCCUUCUCACUGAUAUGUGCCAAGGCUUUGAUGUGUUUGUGAGCAUCAUCUCCCAAUUAGAGGACGAUACAAGCUAGAAGCAUAUCCACCACUCUAGUAGUGCCCUUACUUGCAUCAUUCCUCAAGCAGAAUAAAAUAUAUACAUUCAUCUCAGCUUGAUUCCUCUAUUGCUGUCUAGACUUUAAGUGUGUUUACUUGUUUCUUAAUAUACAUUGAUUGUAGUAAAAAGAUCA